AUGGCUUCCCCAUUUCAGAACCCCGGCAUGAGCUCGCCGGACCCCUCUGGGCCUGUCGCCACACCAGCGAACGAACUACGACCCGCGCCUCUCCGUAUCCGUCCCCGCAAGUCUGAUAUCACAUCUGAAGAUUCGAGCUCGUCUCACAAGCAACAUGUCAGCGAGGUGAGAGAGUUUUCCACUACCCUGCUCCGCAAGGCGAUGAGCCGUCAUCCGACGCCGGUCUCUUCAGAAGCUCCGUCCCAACAUCGCACCAUUUCCCACAAGCUUGGUUCAUUGGUCUCCAAGUUCGAGGUACUUGAUGCAGAAAACAGCAUGCCGGCGGGUGCGUCUCGGCACUCGGACACCGCUCAGAAAGCCAGGCCAAGUGGUAUACCGCGGGCUUCUGGUGGAUUGAGACAAGCCAUGCUCCCAGAGUUGAUCCCGCAGUCUCCAUCCUCAGUCGAAUUGCCUCCCCGUCAGGUUCCGGCGCCAGCUGCUUCCGAGAGAAGAAGGUCUAUGCUCCCAGUCAGUACUCGAACUCCAAUAGCAAAAGCCGACGAGACCACGGCCGGUCACUCCCCCUUCUCCAAGGCUGUCAAAUCGGAGCCUUCGCCUCUUCGCUUGCCGAUGUCGGCAUCCUCACGUCAGGACUCACCAGCAAAAGCUGAGUCUUCAACUCCUGCCUCGGUCAAGGUAUGGAGGACGCCGCGGGACACCAAGAACACACCAGAAAAGGCAGAGUUUUCAGACCAUGCCUCGAUCAGGGCGGCGGAGGCGACCCGGCAGAUCAAGACACAGAAACUCAGUGUUGCAGACCUUCGGAAGUCUUUUGAACAAGGUGCACGGCCUGCUUCAACAAGGGCAAAGACUCCUGAGAAGUCCAAGCUACGCCCCCAGACACCACCGAGCGCCCUUGGGCGGACGCAUCGCGUAGAGCUGAAGAGCAAGCAAUCGGAACAGUUCACACCAACACCACCGCCGCCUAUGGUUUCGUCAAGGGUAUAUAGCCCAACCAAGGCCUUGCUCACGAGUAGCCAGUCCAAGCAGAAAUCCAAGGAAACCGGGGCCACCAAGCCCGUUGCGGGUAGAGCUGAAGAAGGAAGCCAGCAUCCCAAGGGCUUCGGACCGUGGACAGACGGCUCCAGCGGGAUAUAUCUGCAAGAAAGUCAGAAGCCUAGCAAGGUCUCGACUUUGCGGAAAUUCUUCGAUCGCCCGUUGCUAAGGGCUUCGUCUCCCAUGGCAUUCAUGCACCUACGACGCAAUCGAGGCCACAUGGAACCACCUGUGAGCGAACCGCACCCUCACUUCUCGACGUACUUCCCCGCCGAGUCGACGGCAACGUUCUCGACACACACUACUGUCCAGCGGCGAGCACAUGUCCCAUCCCCAGCCCUGACCACCGAGAUCUCGAUCAACGACUUCUCCUGCGACUUCAUUGGCGACGCAAAGCAGCCCGGUGAAUUUGACGCUCUGCACAACUCCCAGUCAAAGAACCACGGUUCUCGUAAGUAUGAAUCACCCGUCAAGGAUCGUGUUCAACAGUUUGAGCGUCUGGACAGCAACGCCCCCUCUGUCAAGACCCCUACCCACGAUCGUGCCAAGUCCCAUGACACCGUUCUCCAUUUCGCUUUCAAGGCAAGAGAGAGAAAUGACGAGAAGAAGCCGUCUCCGAGUGGUUGGCACCCCAUCCGCCAGCGUGGCACAGCGAUCUGGCGCCGGAUAUCAAACUCCUUCAGGCAUUCCGUGGAUAGUUGCAGCGACGACAGUAGCAGCACGGACAGCGACGAACCCGGCUCAAGCUCAAGCGACGACGUCAAGGCCGAGGGUACUACCAGGCCAAGUCCGUCGCCCCCACAGCGUCUGUACCGUCGUUCAAGUCGCUUCGGCUACCACUUGUACCGCACCUCGGAAGAAGACCGCCCCGCGGCAUCAUACUCGUCUGGGGGCGAAUCAAGCAGCAUCGAUAUCCCCCACGAGCUCACCGCGAAACUGGAGAACCGCCCGCCGCCCAUGAGCCACGUGCGUCGUUUCCCAUCCCAUCGACGGGUGUCCAUGCGCAAGAGCUUCCCCUUCAUGACGCGCGAGUCGAGCGGUAUAGACAGCUCGGUGAGGUUCGACUUCGGGCUGGACGGUGCGAUCCUGACCAAAAUGACCAGAAAGGACGGAAAGCAAGCCGCUUCCGAAGACAUUCCGCAGGCACAUCAAGAACCGUCGCCUUUCAGCGCGGCGCAACAAGAUCCCGAGGCCCUACAGAAUGUGCUUUCGAAGCACUCAGUGGCCGAGCGCAAGCGCCGCAAGCGCGAAGAGAAGCAGCGGCGUCGAGACGAGAAGGCCCGCAAGAAGGAAGAAAAGGGCAAGGGCAAGGAGAUAGCACGAGAGUAUGCCUACGUCGUCCCCUCAGCCAUCAACAGGCCACCAGGCAUACUGAAAAAGGAAAACGAAAAGCAAAGGUCCGUGGAAGCUCAUAACCAGAGGGCCAAGAGCAAGAGCGAGAAGAGCUGGGAGCCCAAGACGACGUCGGGGUUCGUGGUCCGCCUGAACGAGGCCGAGAUGAACUCCCCGAAGCCCGCUCGACCCGGCCAGGUCAAGAGGAUUGUCAACAUGUUCAAGGACAAGUCGGCCAGUACUAUGUUCAAGGAUAAGUCGACCAGCGGGCUGCGGCUCGGCAGCAAGGGGAACGGGGGCGGGAGUGCUGCCUGA